AUGGGGCGCAAACCCAUGCCCCCAGCCCAGAACCAAAGCUCAGGCUGGGCUUCAGGUCCCAUUCCUACUGGUUCAGCAGGAAGUGGUCCUGAACCCAGUGGUUGGGAGGAACCAUCUCCACAGUCCAUCAGCAGAAAGAGUGACAUUGAUGAUGGAACAUCAGCUUGGGGAGACCCAACUAAUUAUAACUAUAAACCGGUCAACCGGUGGGAAAAGAACAAUCCUCCAAAUGGCCCACAGUCUCAAAAUCAAGGUCAGACUUUGCAUCAGCCACAAGGACCAACAGGCCAGCAGCAGCCAAACAGACAGCCCUCAGCACUUGGUGGCAACUUAAGCACUGCCCAUGGGCCUGGAAAAGCUCCUGCUUUAGGUCCUUCAGGUUGGGGGGGCACUUCUCCUACGAGCCCAACAGUUGAUAAUGGCACGGCAGCUUGGGGAAAGUCUACUGAUGCUCCCACUGGUUGGGGCGAAUCAGAUGAUGUUGGUGGGAAGACAACAGGAUGGGGGAGUUCCUCUCCAAACCCUAUUAAAUCUGGGUCAAAGUCUAUGCAAGAUGGCUGGGGAGACAAAGAGGGCUCUAUGGCAGCCUCACGUCACUCAAGUUGGGAGGAGGAGGAGGAAGGAGGCGGCAUGUGGAACAGCACCGGCUCCCAGGGGAGUGGCUCCUCUUGGGGUCAAGGAAGUAAUGCAGGCUGGGGACAAAAUCACCCUGGGAAGAAGCCCAAUAACAAAGGUCCAUUAAAGUCUGGAGACUCAUGGCUGGGUCCCAUCAAUAGACAAUUUUCAAAUAUGGGAAUGCUGAAUGAUGAUCCUGGUGGUUCACCUAUGGAUAUGGGCCCUAAUUCCCUGCUGGACAAAAAGAUGGAAGCAGAGAAAAGGGGCAUGAUGAAUGAUUACAAUGGGGACAUGAGGAAAGCUGUAAGAGGAGGAGUAGGAAUGGGUUACCGUCCGUCUGGGGUCAAGGAUGCUGCACCUGGAGAUCCUGCGUUCUAUGAUAAGGGUAACCAGGGUAUCUUUGGAAAUGUUGGCGGGAUGCCUCAAUCAAGACACCAGCCAAGUGUCCCUCCCAUGAACCAGUCCCCGGGGAUCCGAGCACAAGUGCCUCAUCAGUUCUUGUCGCCUCAGGUGCCAGGCUCUGUGCUGAAGCAGAUGCCCCCUCCCAGUGGAGGCGUAGGGGGUGUCGGCUCUGUGGGAGGAGUGGCUGGUGUUGGGGGAGGUGUGUUUCCUCCUCAACUGUCCCCACAGCAUAUUGCCAUGCUUGGCAGCAUCUACCCCCCUCACAUCCAGUUUCAGCUGGCCUGUCAGCUCCUCCUCCAGCAGCAGCCACAGCAGCAGCAGCAACAGCAGCAGCUUCUGCAGAACCAGAGGAAAUUCUCUCCCAAUGUGCGGCAGCAGGCAGAUCCUCAGCAGCUUGCGAGGAUUAUGGCGGUGCUCCAACAGCAAAGGCAGCAGCAGCAGGUUGGGGGUUUGGUCGGAGGCUCCAAACUGUCUCCUUCACACCACACUGUAGGAGGAGUGGGUCCUAAAAUGCCUGGAGCCGAUGCCCUGUCCCACUCAGGACUGCCUGGAUCUGUAGCUGAUUUACAACAGAAACCACAUGGGCCAUACUCUGGCUUUAGUUCUGGGAUGAACUUCUCAGGUCUGGACCUGGGCAGCUCCGUUAUUGGGGGGCAAGGGCCCAUGAAGGACUUUAGUGGACAGCAAUCGCGUUUCAAAUGGAUGAUGGAAGGCCAGUCGUCACCAGACUCAUCUCAUGCCGAUAAUGCAUUCCACAAAAAUGGUCCUGUGACUCCCAUGAAAAUGCCUGGGGGCUCGCCCUAUUCGCAGUAUGACAUGAUGGUAGGAGACGGGCUCAGUGAUAACUGGCAUCGCACACCUGGGAACAAAAUGGGGGCCAAGCCGACUGCUGCACCCAGCUGGCCUCCAGAAUUCCAGCCUGGUGUGCCUUGGAAGGGAAUUGACCGCGUCGACCCUGAUACAGAUCCGUACCUUACGCCAGCGAUGAUGGGAAACUCCGUGUCUCCCGGUCUCAACGACAGUGAGCACCAGUUGUUGGACAAUAAUGAUUCCACUCCACCCCUGAACACCUUGCUGCCUUCACCUGGUGCCUGGCCUUUCAGUGCCUCAGACAGCCCUCUCUCAAACGCACACAACUCGGGAAAGUACACUGACUUCAAGACCAGCUGGCCUCCAGAACCCAUCGGACACAAAUCGUGGAAAGCUAAUCGUGGGGGCGGCCAGAACUUGCUGUCCCGACCUCCUCCGGGGCUUGCCAGUCAGAAGCAGCCCUCCCCCUCCCCAUGGUUAGGUGGAGCCCCGCGUUUGGCUGGAAGGGGCUGGAGCAAUGGUUCAGGCACAACUGUCACAACCUGGAGCGAUGGAAACCCUCGGGAAAGUUGUUGGUUAGUGCUGAGCAAUCUCACUCCUCAGAUCGAUGGCUCCACCCUGAGGACCAUCUGCAUGCAGCACGGUCCUCUCCUGACUUUUCACCUUGGCCUGACCCAGGGAACAGCCCUCAUCCGCUACAGCUCCAAACAAGAAGCUGCCAAAGCCCAGAGUGCUCUUCACAUGUGUGUUUUAGGAAACACCACCAUCUUGGCAGAGUUUGUGAGCGAGGAAGAUGUGGCUCGCUACAUCGCACAUUCCCAGGCAGGAGGAGGCGGAAGCGGAGGCACUCAGCCUGGCUCUGCGGGCUCGGGACCUGCUGCUGCCCCUGUGCUCGGGGCUAACGGCAGUGUAGGUGAGCGAGGACAGGGCAGUGCAGGGCCAGUGGGAGGAGAAGCGGCCUCUACAACUGGAGCUGGGCCCAACAGCUCGGGAUGGCAGAGUUUGGACAGCACAGGCAGCUCCUCAGACCAGACCGCCUCCCAUGGGCCUGGCCUGGGCAUCUUCCCCCAGUGGAGCAGCAAUGGGGCUGGUUGUGCUGGAGGAGUGGAGGUGGGGAGGCAGGCUCUGUGGGGGGGCAUGGGAGGCAUGAGUGGAGGAGGUUAUCACAGCAACAGCCUCUGGGGCUCUCCCGCACUGGAGGAUCGUCAUCAGAUGGGCAGCCCCGCCUCACUGCUGCCCGGGGACCUGCUGGGUGGAGGCACUGACUCCAUUUGA